UUACGAAACUUAACUUGGCUCCAGAGCAGUCCUGAUCUCGUCGUGUCUCCCGGCGAGCUCCAGUCGGCCUGAGACAAAACUUCAGCAGCCCUCUGCGCUUGCGCGUUUAGAGUACGGACCGAAGCUGUGCGUCUGAGAUGACAGUGACCGUGACGCUGGAGCCGGCGGGCCGCUGCCGCUGGGACGAGCCCGUGCGCAUCGUCGUGCGCGGCCUGGCCCCGGGGCAGCCGGUCACGCUGCGCGCGGCCCUGCGCGACGAGAAGGGCGCGCUCUUCAGGGCCCACGCGCGCUACUGCGCCGACGCCGCCGGCCUGCUGGACCUGGAGCGCGCGCCCGCGCUGGGCGGCAGCUUCGCGGGGCUCGAGCCCAUGGGGCUCUUCUGGGCUCUGGAGCCCGAGAAGCCCUUGCUGCGCCUGGUGAAGCGGGACGUGCAGACGCCCUUCGCCGUGGAGCUGGAGGUGCUCGACGGUCACGAGCCCGAGGCCCAGAGGCUCCUGGGCCGGGCGGUGCACGAGCGCGACUUCCUGGCGCCCGGGGUGCGGCGCGAGCCGGUGCGCGCGGGCCGGGUGCGCGCCUCGCUCUUCCUGCCGCCAGAACCCGGGCCCUUUCCUGGGAUUGUGGACAUUUCUGCAGCUGGAGGUGGCCUUCUGGAAUAUCGAGCUAGUCUGCUGGCUGGGAAGGGUUUUGCUGUGAUGGCGCUGGCUUAUUACAACUAUGAAGACCUCCCCAAAAGCCUACGGCAUGUCCACCUGGAGUACUUUGAAGAAGCUGUGAACUACCUGCUUAAUCACCCUCAGGUGAAGGGUCCAGGAGUUGGGCUGCUUGGGAUUUCAAAAGGAGGCGAGCUCUGCCUCUCCAUGGCUUCCUUCCUGAAGGGCAUCACUGCAGCCGUCAUAAUCAAUGGUUCUGUAGUCAGUGUCUGGGGAACCUUACAGUACAAAGGUGAGAUUCUGCCACCUGUGGGUUUCAACCAAAAUCGAAUCAAGAUGACUAAAGAUGGCUUUGCAGACAUUGUGGAAGUCCUGAACAGCCCUUUGGAAGGACCUGACCAGAAGAGCUUCAUUCCUGUGGAAAGGGCUGAGUGCCCCUUCCUGUUUCUUGUGGGUCAGGAUGACCACAACUGGAAGAGUGAAUUCUAUGCUAAUGAGGCCUCUAAACGCUUGCAGGCCCAUGGGAAGGCAAAACCCCAGGUCAUCUGUUACCCAGGGACGGGGCACUACAUUGAACCUCCUUACUUCCCCCUGUGCCCGGCUUCCCUGCACACCUUCGUGGGCGUUCCUGUCAUCUGGGGAGGGGAGCCCAGGGCUCAUGCCAGGGCCCAGGUAGAUGCUUGGCAGCAGCUCCAGACUUUCUUCCAUAAACACCUGGGUGGGAAAAAGGGGACGACUCCAGCCAAGCUGUGAUCAAGGGAAGGAUAGAACAGCUAGGAACAGCUGCCACAGUUAGUAUAUACCAGUGUAGGUUUCUUCUGUUCAAUAAUUACUUAGAGUUUUUCCUCUUCAGUGUUAAAGUGAACUUACCAAGAAGCUUUUUAAAUUUUUAUAAAUUACAUACUUUUUCCGUUGUUUGAGCGGAGAGCGAUUCUAUAGAAAAUGAAACAAAUGGCCAAAAAAACAUAAUUGACAAGGCUUUAACUCUGAAAGGAAAUGGUGAAAUACACAGUUAACAGUACCUAGUACACAAUUAGUGCUCCAUAGUUAUUUGAAUUAUUUAGUAUUAUAAUUUAGUUUUUAAUUAAUAAAUAAAUGAUUACCUAUUGUGGAAGAAAAGAAUACAACAUAUCAAAAAUGUUAUCAGAUUUGAGUUUCUAAUUUAAGAAUGGAAGUGAACACCAUAGCUGUAAAUUAGUAUACCACUUAGAUAACUACUUAGAUGAAAACUACUAAAAAUUUUCAAAGCAAGUAUGAUUUUAGUUCUUCAGUCUUCUUGAAUGAGGAAGGAGUCUCCUAGUGCCAAUGUAUUUUAAUUACCUUUUUCAUUUUCACAUAUGGACUUUGUGAUUUAGUUGUUUUGAAAGCUGGUAUAACAUCAUUUAGAUGAAUUUCUUAAGUGACUUUAAUAUUGAUUAGCAUGCAAAUGAAUGAUUUAGUUUUGUAUUACUUGAAAUAAAUACACAUUAAACUAACUAAACUCUUCUAAAGCUGAAUAUGUUUAAAAUAAAAGAUACUUUAAUUUA